GGCUGAAGAUGCUUGGUCAGCUUCCUAAUGAGAACAGGACUGAUGAGGAAAAUCUAGACACUGGAGGAGUUAGCUAACUCCAGAAGAUGGCAGUAGUGCAAAAUUAAGGCUGCAAGCUGUCGGUAAAACACAAAGAAGAAGAAGUAGGCUAACCAGUAGCUAGCGCCGCGCCACAAGUUGCUGUUGUAAUAUGUUAGUAGCAGGUAGGACUGCUGUGGGAAGGUGGUGUCCUGCAAUACUGUUGCCAAAGCAUUUGGAUAAGGUAACUAGUUGGGGACAGGAGAGCAAAGUCUUUGACACUGUAUUUCUGUUGGUGCUAGAUUAUGCGGCGAGGGGAGCACGUUUCACGGGCUUUCCAGGCCCCGGUGGAUGUCCAUGCCAGUGCUGAUGGCCAGGUUUACAUGUUCAAUAGGAGGCCCAAUGAGUCUACUGUAUCCUCAGAUGAUGAGGAGCUUAACGUCAUGGAGAUGAGGCCGCGGGUUUUCCAAGAGCAAGAACAGGACAGUCUGAGGAACAUCCAGCUGCUGGAGCGGGAGUUGUUAGAUGGUGACAACCUCAACAAGCUUGCACUACAAUAUGGCUGUAAGGUGGCAGAUAUAAAGCGGGUGAACAACCUUAUGCAGGGGCAAGAUUUAUUUGCACUGAAAUCUAUCAAAAUACCUGUUCAGAAACACAGCUUUUUAAUGGAGAUGUGCACAGACCUAGGUGACCCUCAAGGAGAAAUACCACAUUCAUCCACCCCACCAGUAAAGCCUCCGGACCGAGCCAGAGCCCAACCACAUCUACAGGAGGUCACAGACUUUCUAAUGGAUGUGGACCACGAUAUUGAAAAACUGAUUCAGAUCACAAAUGAUCAAGAUGAGGAUUUCUUGUUAAACUCAGAAAAACAGCAACGGUUUGGUUCCAGAGGACAGCGCCUGACCAGUCACGGUGCAGACUGGGGCAUCCAGUGGUGGAAUGCUGUAGUGGCCAUGCUCCUGAUAGGCAUCGUCCUGCCAUUAUUUUAUGUGAUUUAUUUCAAAACAAAAGAUAAUGGAGUAGUUUUACCAACGGAUGGUAGUGGUGCUUUACAGUCAUCCACCAUCUCGUCAAACUCCUCGGGGACAGGCCUUAGUACAAGAGGACCAGGAUAGUACAGACUCAGAAAACCAGAAUCAUUUUUGAAAACUGUUGGGUAAGAUGGUCUCAGAAGUAGGUGACAAUCAAGAUAAAGCAAUGCAAUACCACCACGUUUCAGUAAAUGUCACCUUUUAAUGUUAUACUAUAAAUGCGAUGCUUGAGACAGAUACUUCAUUGAAUGUCUUGAAGUGAAAUGGCUGAACACUGUUCUCAUUUGUGUGACAAUUUAGGACACUAAUGUUUUUUUCAACCAGCUUUCAGAGUACUGUUUCCUAUUGAUCCUAUUGAUCCCUGAUCCUUUGUUUUCAAAACAGUUGUGUUGGGAUUAUAGGUCCUCAGGUGCUUUACUAAAUGUGAGGUAUUAAAUGGUUGUGUCUUAAACCUCCUCACAUGACACACGCUGAAUAAUUGCAAAUGGAAAAUGUAUUUGUCUGUGUAGACUUUAUCACAGCCUGCCUUUCCACUAGUGCCUGUUGUCAGUAUCAACAAGUGUCAUCAUAUCUGUGUCAUAUUGGGCGCAAUCUUGAUAUCUGUUCCAAUACAGUAAUAUAUUUUUAAACAUUUGCCUAAAAAUGAUAAAAUGAGAGACAAAUUUAAAGUUGAACUGUAUUUGACAUGGGUUUGAUCAUUAAUUGUGUGCCUUGUUUGAUUUAACUUAUUUGUGGCUGUGUUUUGUGUUUACAUUAAGAAUUUCGUGCAAUACACAUUUUAGUAGAUUAUAUGUAUUCAUUUGACACCUUGCAAUAUUUAAAAUACAAGGUGUUGCAUUUUGAAAAUGACAUUUAGUCAUCUAUAAUUUCCCUGAAUUAAGUGUGAGAUAUAAUUAAAAACAAGUACUUAAUUUUCAGGUUUAAACAGUAUUGCAUACUCCAUCUUACGUUGUUUGAUGGGUAAUUGAGUCCACCAUGAGCAGGUGGUGAAUUUGCGUUGUCCAAUGCACUUUUUAAAGUCUGAAGUAUUUUAAUUUAUGAAACUGGAUUUUGUUGACAUAUUUUUUUAAGUCAAUUUGAAACCAUUUUGAUGGAAAAAUAGACAUGAUUGAUGUGCAAGAACAUUUUUAUAAAGCAUGUUAGUAUUCUCUGACAUGAUGUCUUUUCUUUUGUCUGUUUUUCUUUAACUUAUCUUUCUUAUUUUAUACUUGUGUAUUGAGAUUAUACACACAGACACACAAUUUGCUGGGAUUAGAAUACUGACAGCAAAUCUACAGCGAAAUAUAUAAACAUAUUUUAAUAGAAUAAUUACUUUAUUAAGGACACAAAAAAGGUAGAGAUAGAGUAUGUACUGUAUUUUGGCAGUAUACUGUUUUGAUUAGUUGCAGUACCUACAGUUACCAAAAGAUGGCAUUGUGCACAAACUGUUGCUGUGGCGUUUGUUGUUGGAGGGAUGGAGUCAGACAAUACUACUUGACAGCUUCUGAGUAGGACUGCAAGUAGCAUGAUUAUAUGGUUUGAUAUAUCGAUUUGGGAUUACAAAUGAUUGUAAAAACAUAGUUUUUAUUGAUAAACAAGGCCUGUGGAGCUGCUUGUAGCCAAUUUGGACACAAUUACUCAUUGUAUUUACAGUAAAAUCCAAAGUAUACAAAUACAGUAUGUAAGGAACAACUGCAAUGUGAUUUAGAAAGAUUUGCUGAAGAGUUACAUCACUCAAACACCAUGCAAAGGUUUAAGAUAAAUGCCAGUUUCCCAUGUCUUGCCUGGAUUGGCAUUGAGAGAAAACGACUCUUCGUAACUUGUUAGCUGUCAAGUGAAAGGGUGAAUUUAAGUUGUAAUAUGUGUGGCAUGAUUAAAAACAUGUAAUUUGAACAGUA